AUGUCUCAUUCACCAAAAGUUUAUUUAACACGACGAGAAACAUUUUCUGCAAGUCAUCGACUUCAUUCCAUACAUUUAUCUGAUAGUGAUAAUAUUCAAAUAUUUGAUAAAUGUAAUAAUCCAAAUGGACAUGGUCAUAAUUAUGUAGUUGAAGUAACUGUUGUCGGUCAUAUUGAUAAUAAAACAGGCAUGGUAAUGAAUAUUAGUAAUCUAAAGGAAUUAAUUCAGAUAUAUGUACUUAAUUUACUCGAUCAUAAACAUUUAGAUUUAGAUGUUGAAUAUUUUCGUACAAAAAAUAUUGUUAGUACAACAGAAAAUUUAAUUGUAUUUAUAUGGAAACAAUUAUCGUUACCUAUUCAACAACAAUAUAAUAAUGUACAAUUAUAUGAAAUUAAAUUAUAUGAAACAGAAAAAAAUAUUGUUACAUAUCGUGGUGAAUAA